AUGUUCCACCGGUGUUCAGCGUCGAAGCAGGAGCAGUUCCCUCGAGCUUCAGACAUCGAAGCUGACAUCAAGAAGCAGGAAGAAACUGCUGUCAAGGAAAAGAAAUUUAAAGAAGAUGACGAGCAACAAGAAGAAGCACCGCAGAUGAAGCUGAAGUUCGCACCGGAUCUGGUGAUUCAGUCGGAGCAGUUCUUGAAGCGUUGGUGCCCAAAGAGACCUGCCAACUGCCACACCAUCCCGCGCGUGCUUCCAACCGUGUCGGGGAACGAGUUCCGGGCCAUCAAAAACCUCCCCGUGGACGAACGAUGGCAGCUGCAACUCGCUUUGAAAAAGCGGAACUCGCUAGCCCUGGCGGGAGCGGGUUCCUUUGACCCCAAGCUCGACUCGGACCCUUCGAACCCAGUCUACACCCAGUGGGUCCACGAGAGCAUGACGCAGAAUAAGUUGGCCUGCGUCACGGCGGGAAAGGAGUUCACCUGGGGCGCCAACGUGCCGGCCUCCACCGUGGUGGUGACGAAGUCCUUUGCAGAGACCACCUCAGUAGCAGGAAUGCUGCAGUACGUGGGCCGUGCUGCGCGCCGUGGCUUGACCACACAUGGCCAGGCCAUCUUCGAGCGCGACGAGGACCUGCAGCGGAUUUUUGCCUCGCCCGACGGGCUCAGUACAGAAGCCCUGACCAUGGAGCGCUACGCCGCGCCUCGGCCGAAUGUUGUGGGAUGGUGGGUGGAUAUUGUUUUGAUGGACAGUCGAUGGGGAUUUUCUUUUUUUUCGGAAGAUCAUGGAUUAUUUUUGCGGUUUACCCUCUGGUAA